GACACUUUCAGCACAGCCCUCGCCAAAAAUAUAAUCACUGUGUGCGUCUGGCUGGCUCUCAGUUACAUCAACGGGGCUCUGGUCCUCACCUUCUUCAAAAACCAAGCUUUUUAUGAGGAUCCGCGAUACAUUCUGUUCAUCCACAUGGUCAUCAACGAUGCUGUUCAGCUGACUGUUACAGUGAUGUUAUUUGUUGUGAGUUAUGUUUUCUUCAAAAUCAAUGUCGCCUUCUGCAGCUUUUUUAUAUUAAUUGCUAUCUUUACCACUAUGAACACCCCUCUGAGUCUCGCAGGGAUGGCUAUUGAGCGUUAUGUAGCCAUCUGCAACCCCUUGCAACACUCUCAGAUCUGCACGGUGCACAGGACUCGCAUUCUCAUUGCUGUGAUCUGGGCUGCAGGUGCUGUCCCUUCGCUAACAGACCUGUUUAUUACUUUAGCAAUAAAACCUGUGAAUUUUUUCCACUCAUCUGUUUUCUGUCUGCGUGAUACUGUUUUCACAGCUCCCUUCCUGUCUUACAAAAGACAUGCUUUCGAUGGCAUAUAUUUUUCCUUUGUUUGUCUCACUGUAAUCUACACUUAUUUGAAGGUCCUGUUUGCAGCAAAGGCAGCCAACAAUGAUGCUGCAAAGGCUUGCAACACCAUCCUGCUGCACGGAGUCCAGUUGUUAAUGUGCAUGCUUACCUAUGGGAUUCAACCAGUGCAGUCAGCCCUGGUUAUGAUUUUCCUAAGCCACUAUGUAAAUAUCAUGUAUGUUGUCUAUUUGUUAGUAUAUAUUUUGCCAAGAUUUCUUAGCCCAAUCAUCUAUGGUAUCAGGGACCAGAAAUUUAGGAAGUACUUGAAACGAUACUUUGUGUGCAAAGGGCAGGCCCAGGUGGCAUAA